CACACGUACCAGCUGAAACUGAAAACACAGUUUCACUGACGGUUCCGUCACUACCUGACACCGGUCCGUACGACGGGAAGACGCGGCAUGCGGAACUAUUAAUAGAGCGACCGCGUCUAUCGGAUACAACCGCUCCGGUCGGACAAUGAGAUAUUCACACAACAUGGAACUUAUGUGCCAAAAACAAUAAUCAAAAGUUAUACUAACAUAACAUGAUAAAGUACGCGCGUUCCGUGAUGUAGCUGUGUGGAAUGUUGGUUUUGGUUAACAAUAAAAUCUAACACGAUGUAAUGACAUAGAUGUCGUCAAUGUUUACCUCUUCAGUGUUGUGAGUAACGGUUAGUUUAAAUAUAAGGAGCGAGCGAUCCAGAGUUAUUUAUUAUAUAUUAAGUUUUAAAGCUUCGUAUUGUGACUCUUAUUAUUGGUUGUGAUAAAUUAAUAGAACGCAUUUCUAUUCUGUAACAGCACACGGACUCGACGGUUGUUAUCUCGUGAGUUGUGAACACUAUAUUAUAUAUAUAUACGAAUGUUUUAGCAUUUAUCUUCAUAGAACUGUCCUGUUCUUGGGUUGUUUGAAAGAUGAAAAGGUUGUGCUGGAACUUGUAAUUUCCCUCGGGUUGUGAAUACAAUAAAGAGACAAUGGCUAAACUUAGAGUAUUAUAAUUCAGAGGGUUAACCCUUCGGAACUGUUGUAGUGGCAUCGUGGAUUUUGUGACACAUUUGCAUCCUCAACUGUCUCUUCAACGGGGUCAAGGAUGAAAUGGUAGCCAGCCGGGCGGUGCGUUGUCCAUGUUGAAAUGACUGCUGUUAAUUCGGUCGCGACAACGCGACUGCCACUGCCGACAUACUCACCGCGCGCCGUACUGAUGUAUAGCGCGGCGGUGGGCGGAGAAGGUGUCGCGCUGCAGCUCCGAGAGGCGACACCUUCAGAAAUAGAUGAACGGCUCUCCAUAGCCUGUCACGAGCCUGAGUUACUGGCUGACCUGCUUCACGCUGCUGACAUAGACGGUGAGCAUGCAGGUCUCACGGAACUUCUUGGUGCAUCGUCUCCAGAUCUGGCUUUUUCUUCUGACGCAUCAGAUAGCCUGCCACUACCAGAACACGAUAAUGAAUGCACGACAUCAUCAUCGUCAAGUGUGAGCGGUGUCACGAGGGUGUCUGUAGCGGUGACCGGAAUAGAGUCAAAGACCUUGGCCAAAAAGGUCCGACCUAAACCAGCGUCUCCGAACCGCCAGGGUCCGCAGCAAUGUCAAGUUUGCAACAAAGUGUUCGGCAACGCGUCUGCACUAGCGAAGCAUAAGCUGACGCAUAGCGAUGAGAGGAAAUAUGUCUGCAUCACUUGCGCAAAAGCUUUUAAAAGGCAAGACCAUCUGAACGGGCACAUGCUAACACACCGCAACAAGAAACCAUACGAGUGUAAGGCGGAUGGGUGCGGAAAAUCGUAUUGCGACGCUCGGUCUCUUCGACGUCAUACUGAAAAUCAUCACCAGCCUCCCUCUGAUAAGAGCACCUCAUCAGAAUCGAGUGUGGAUCGGGAGACGGCGCGAGUGACGUCACCCUCUUCGCCCUCUCGCACUAACUCUGCGACUUCUAAUAUGAACAGCUCGGAGAAAUCUCGCAAUGACAGCAGCCCGCCGCACACACCGCCGCCGAGAGCACGCAACAAACCGAAGGCUAAAACUACGCAACAGAGCAGCCCGAAAUGCGGUGGCAGCAGUGUGAGCCGUUCAAGUGCGACUGGCAGUUCUGGACUGAUUCGAACAACAGAUGUCAAGCCCGUCGAGUGUAAUUUAUGUCACCGCAGAUUUAAAAACAUCCCCGCCCUCAAUGGCCACAUGCGACUACACGGUGGAUACUUCAAAAAGGAUUCAGACAACAAGAAGUUAGACAAGAAAGAAUCAACUGGUCCUCCUUUACAAACUGCCUCUGUAUCCGUGAGAGCUCUGAUCGAAGAGAAGAUCAUAAGUCGUCGAGGUGCUACCGUAUCACAAGCACCAACUUCAGCCCCACCACCUCUAUCAACUAUUAAAACUUAUUCGUCACCAGUAACAACGGUUACUACUUCAGCACCAUUUGUUUCCCCUCGUGCACCGCCAGCAGUGACAGUAUCAAAUACAACUACAUUAAAUAGAGAUUCUACGCUCAUUGAACUUUUAAGAAAAGGAAGCUCAAAGGUUGUUAAGCGCUCCGCAUCUGAUCCUGGCCAGGCGUCACCACAGCAACAAGACUUUACUUUCCGACCUGAAUUAUUUGGCGUAUCGUUUAACUCAGACGAUGGUUAUUUUUCACCUGCUUUAAAUGACGAUACUUUCCAAUUUGCAACAGCUUCUGAUCAUUUAGAAGAACUUGCGUCUCUUGAAGACUACGCAACUGUUGCUGCCUCUAUACGAGAGCGGUCACCCGUAACUUUCCCGUCCAGUCGUCGUUUAGCUGCAGUUCUAAAUUCUCCCCUACCAGAAUCUUUAGCUGAUUUUGGAGCUUGUCAUGGAGGAUCACCUGUUCCAUCUCCUGGUAUCGCAUAUGCUGAUAGUUCACCGGGAUUGUCUUAUACAACUGGAGAUUCACCAGGGUUGGCUUACACAGCCACAUCUCCUAGUGGUAGUUAUUCCAAUCAACCGGAACCUUCACCAAGUUUCGCUUAUCCAACACCUCCAGCAUCUCACGAUGCCCAUUCACCGGCUCAUACAGUCCCAAGAGCAUCGUCGCCACUAUCAGCUGCAUUUUUUACGGCUACAAUGUCCAGUCAAGAAGAGGUGGAAGAGGCCCUUGAAGAGGUUUUGCCUGAAGAAUGCCGAUCUUUAGAUGCUUAUGCUUUGGAAUCUUCAACAACUACAAGACGAAUUAUGCUUAAUUCCGAAGAUCCCCUUUUGUCCAGUAGUCCUCGGGAUUUCCCAAAUCAAAGAAGUAUUCGUCGCCAGAAUAGAGUAGCAACACCUAUGGCAGCACCUAUGCAAACAUGGCAACAGGACACAACAGCGCUUCAAGUGUGUGUGGAAGGUCGAGACCCACUACCAGCAGUAUUUCUUAGUCCGAACAGCGUACCGGCGUCGCCUCAACAACGCAAACGUCGCGCGUCUCCAGCUGGUCCAUACAAGUCGCGCAUGCGUCGUAGAGUCAAUCACUACACACCACAACCAACCCUACCACCAGAUAGAGACGGUUGCGGUCUAUUCGUAGAAAUCAGAAAUGCCCUUCAAGCCAACCUUGAUAUUACACUUGAAGACACGCCACUGGAAGAGAAUCGCUUACCACAAAUUAAUAUCGGAUCCGAUCAUCAAGCAGAUAUACCGGAACUGUGUAACGACCGUAUAGAUCUACAUAGAGCUCCGGAACAACUCUUAUGGGAUCCUGGUAUUAACGACGCACUAGAUGACAAUGAAGUCCGCAUGUUCAUGGAGCUGGCGAUGUGUGCGGCGAUGCCAGUUGGAGGACAUACAAGAGAGAGUGCUUUACAAACAUUGGGAGAGUGCGGUGGUGACGUCCGCAUUGCGACGCUUCGUCUCAUGUCUCGACCAGCUGCGCCCUCACAACAGGAGUCACGCUGGACUCCUGACGAAGUGGAGGCUUUCCUAGCUGGACUUGGGCAGUUCGAUAAAGAUUUCUUUAGGAUUUCACAACUGGUAAGAUCGAAGGACUCAAAACAGUGCGUUCAGUUUUAUUACUUCUGGAAGAAGGUGACAAAAGACUACAAGACACUGUACUUAAGAAGUUGGGCCGAUUCUCAAGCUCAAGGUUCCGUAGCACAGAUUUCGUCUCGAACGACCUCAUGCGCCUCGCCAACAACAGCGUACGAAGGCGAGGAGUUUCCGUGCAAAAUAUGCGGAAAAGUAUUUAACAAAGUUAAAAGUCGUAGCGCACACAUGAAGUCGCACCGGCCACUCGACGCCGAGCCCAAACGGUCAAAACUCGAAAAACCUUAUGAAAAGGUCGAGAGAUCUGACGAGAGGUCGAUCAGAUCUGAGCGACAGCAAAACACAAAAGCAAACAGCUCAGUAACUGACUGACGAAUCUCUCAUUUGUAUUUGCAACUAAUUAAUUAUUUUAAAUUAUUACAUUGUUGAUUUUCGUUUCUGUUUAAAUCACUCAGACGCCAUCACUCGCACCGCGCCUAUUUGUAAAUAAAGACUCGAAUCGAAGUAAAUGCUGGAUGUAUUCUUAUAUGUGCGGUCAGAAUAUAGUUAGGAUAUAUAAACGUGAUUUAGGAAGAGCAAAUAGAGACUAGUAGCUCGUAAAGAUUAGAUCUUGGGUAAAAACGAAAUAGCGUUAGUCUAUAUUUCUAAAUUUUCGUAAAGCUUGGCAAACGUGAGAGCGCAUAAUAUUUUGUAUAACGAUUGGUAAGUGUAGAUAGAUAGGAUCUUCGACAUGUUUUUGUAAGACGUAAUUCUCAAUGUGACUUUGCAAGUGUGAUGUUGUGUAUAAAUCAUACUCAUCGAGGCGACUCGUCGGUGACAUCGCCGAGGUAUUUCUUAUGUGUGAUACAUUUACUUAAUUCGUGUAGUAACUACACUACCUCUUUGGAAUAAAUUGUUGGUUUUCAUUGCGAGCCCAGCUCACUAUUACAUUAGCUUGUUUGCUCAUAUUGUUGUUAUUUUGUAGUACUUUUUGUUUUUUUUUUUUAAGUUUUAUUUCGUUUUUCUAGUCAUACUAGACAAAUAUAUGAAGCGUAUAUAUGUGCGUUUAUCAUUUAGGUAGAUAUAAUUUUUGUUGACGGAAUUCAAUGCGCUAUCAGUGUCCGCUAGGCACAUAUCGAUGCAGUUUUAGAAAAAAAAGUAUUAACAGGAAAACUAGGAAUGGCUCUGCGAGUGCUCGAUCGAAGGCUUCAUAACUCUUAACUUAAAAGAUUCAACAGGACAAAAGCAUAUUAAUAAUAAUAAAUAAAUAAAUAAGAUCGCGUUUUCGAUACAUGGUACAUCUUGAAUUAUAAGGUACCUAAUUGUCUUAACCAAAUGAAUCUUUGAUCGACAUUAGCAGACUUAAAUUUGAUGGAAUAAUAUUUUUUUACACAAAUAUUAUUAUAAUGCUCAAACUAUAUUUUAUGUUGGUAAUUUUAUUAACUAGUUCCUUGUUGUUGAUUGUUCGAUGUACUAUCAUUUGAUAUUCGAUGUGUUAUUUGUUUUUAUAAUAGAUGUAUAUUACGGAUAAACUAACUGUAUGUACGUGUACCUUACGUGUUGUGAUAAUGUUACCAUUAUUGUUUUUUUUUUUUGGUAUUGUAUAGUUUUACUUGAAUGUACAAAUCGGGCGAUACAUCUUGCUCAACAAUUUGACAUAUACUCUGCCUGGUAACAGAAUUAAUAACUGCUGCCACGUUGACACCCAAAUUCUAUGUUUUUUUUUAUUUAAACGUAAACGUAUUGAAGUUUCACUGUUAUUUCCUUGAUGAAAUAACGUCAUAUGAUGCCGUUCACGAAACGAAACUGCGAUACUUUACGUUACAUUUAAAAAAUCAUACUAAGGUUUAAAAACUUAUUUCGCGGUUGUGAAGUCUAAUUGUUCACUUUGUCUUCCGAAUGAAUUUUCUUAUAUCCCACAACUUACUUCGGGCAGUAUUCCUUAAAAAAGACAUGUUAAUUAUGUAAUACUUAAUAAUUCUUUGGCUUAAGUUAAACCGUUUAGGUUAAUAUUAUUGCGUGUUAAGGAAGCGUAGGACGCUGUCGAUGUUACGAUAGAGAGACAGAUGAAGAUAGAAAAGAAAUGUGCCAUUUUUCUAUUACCGACUCAUAUAAUAUUAAAUUCUUAACAAAUGAUGCUGGAUAAAUAGGAUUUCGAAAUAAUUUUUGAUUUUUCCAUUAUUCAUUAAUUAUUUUUUUGUCCAAUUUAAACAUUUUUUGAUGUUCAUCUCUUUGUCUUGUGUCGUUUUACUUAAAUGUUAUUCAAAAAUAUUCAUCUUGUUUGUCUUCUCAAUAGACAAGUGGCGUAUCAAUGUUAGCUGUUCUGUCAGUGAACAUAAACAGUGCUCUAUAAACAUCCUGUAUCCUUCAUCUGCGUAUGAAAUCAAAUGGGUACAAUAUAAUACUCAAUGUAUUUAAUGUAAAUAUUUAGAAAACAAUGAAACUAUUUGUAAAAUCACUAACACGUGUGAUUGUUUGGUUGUGUUCUAUUUUAACAAAACGGAAGAAUUUUUUCUACUGUUACCUUAUUUUCAAUCUGUUGCCAAAAUUUUAAUACGAUUUUAAAAUCUAUGCCAAAUUAGAAGAACUUUCUUAUAUAAUUAAUUUUAGAUAAAAUAGAAUGUCUUAUAUUAAGGCCAGGCUUUAAAUAAACCCCGAAUGUAAAAUUUAGUAAAUUAUUAACGCUUUUGUGUCCGCUGGUGAUGUGCCAUUUAUUUUAUAGAAAAGAGUGACUAGAUUUUAAAUUAUGAGAAAUUACGAACAACAACAAUAUUAUAUCAUAAGCUAUUUAUUUCGAUACAGUUAAACAAAAAAAUAUUUCACGCAAGAAACAUUAUAAGAGGAUAGAUUAUAGUGAAAUUUAUAUUUUUUCUCUAAAUAAAUUUUGAUUAUAUGAAAAAGUAACUUUACAGAAGCAAUGCGAGCACGCACAACGCGUGCAUUCAUUUUAUAUCUGACCUUGUUUAAAACACAACAUUCGACGUUUACAUAAAAAUAAAUUAUUUUCAUAGCGUACUUAAUUAAAACUUGUUAAUUAUAAAAACGAAAUAUUUUUCAAAUUAUCGUACCGGACAUAUAUUUACGUAAACGAAAUAAAAUUACGAUUUAUUGAAUACAAUUCCCUCCAGAAAUAUUUUUUAACAAUACUCUAGCUAUUAAGACUGAAGUACAUAAAAAAAAAAAUAUCUAAGCGAUUAUUCUGCGAACGGUUAUAUUAAUUUUAUAGUGGAUAACUAUUAACUGUGCCAAAAUCAGCUAGUUAGGGUAAAAAGCGGAGUUUAAUUUAAAAUUUCUGUGUCAAACGACACGGUGUUCCGUGUGUGCAAAAACAGUUAUAUCUCACAACUGAUAGGUAUUUCAACCCGCAAAAUAUUAAAGACUAUGCCAAUGUGCCGUUAUCCAGAGUUAACAAACAUUUGGUAUACAUGAUAUAUUUAAUCUAUAAUAAACUGUCUUAAAACUAUUUCGCACAAACGCUUAGAAUUAAAUUAUAAGAUGAAAUCGGACAAUCUUCUUUCUAUUUAUAUAUAGAAGUGCCUUACGAUUUUAUUUUUAUACUAAAGUUAUUUUAAUCUGUUGUUCGUUUGAAUCUGGUUUCAUGAAGCACUGGAUAUUGCAUUUAUUUGUGAUUCACUAUAUAAACGUUAGUGUCGUAAAGUGAAUCAGUUUUGCUAGUAAAUUAUUUUAUGUUAUUAUUUAUUUAUCUAAAGACACUACGGGCUAAAAUAAUAACGGAUGACAUAACACUAGCCUCGAUGUUUUAUUAUAAUGAAUACAAAUUUGUACAAAAACAUAGGUAUCGGUAUAUUUUACAAAUACUACAAGUCAAUUUAAUACAAAACAUAAUAUUAUUAUUAUUGUUUUUUUUUUAAUUUUGCGUGAACAGACUAACAAAAUUUUAAAUAAGCUGUAACUGUGUAUUUAUAUUAACUUGGUGUCCCGAUGAAUUUUAGAUUAUUUCAAAUUCCAUUUCUCUAUAAUCAAAAUCAUAGGUUAAUAAAUGUAUAUAUAUCCUUAUGUAUUUGUGUCAACACAUUAAUGUUACUAUAGAAUAUUGAUAUUUUAUAAGCUAAGUGGAUAAUUAUAUUCUUCUAAUUUUGUAACAAAUAAUGUGUGCAAGGUAUGAUGGAAGACAAAUCACCCCUUCAAAUAUGGCGGCUCUCUACCACCGAGUUAAAAUGUAAUCAAUUGUAAAUUUCAAUUUAUACUUGUUAUAAAUUUUUACAAAUUAUACACUAAAACUUUUUAAGAACCCCCUUAAAACCCGGUGAAUUUAAUACCAUACUUUGUAGGGUAUUAAAUAUGCAUCCGAUUGCAGUACUGUGGUGGGGAGCCGUCAGUCAACAUACGUAUUCUAUUGGUAAUUUAAUCGUAGGAAAUACUGAAGCGUGCCAAAUGCACGAUAAUUUGAUAUUACACUCUGUGUUGUGAUUUUGAACGUUCUGUAAAUUACAAAAGUCUUUUACUAUAAACAAUGUAGACACCUUUUUAGAUUAGCACAAUUCUUCGCGUAGACACGUUAGUUUAAUGUUUGUAAGCAUUUAGAUUAAACUGGAAUAGAAUAUUUGGAAAUGUACAUGUAUGAUGUAUUUUAGAUUCAUUGUUAUAAUCAAUGUGAUUCGUAAGAACAACGAUUAUUCUCGAGUCCUGUCCCCUCCCGCUUCGGGUGACUUUUCACAACUUCGCAUAUCUUUGAAACAAUAAGUAAAAUAAAACAAUAUAUAUAUUGAUAAAUUUAUUAGGGUAACUAAUUUUUUUAAGACAAUGACUUACGUGAUCUUUUAGAUUGUCUUUAUUAAUAAAUAUAUGGUGAAGGUUUUGUCAA